AUGUGUGAAAAGAGCUCACGCAGAGCUCGGCCGGGGAGGGGGGGACGAGGAGGAGGAAGUACCUGCCGCCGCCAGGUGCAGCCGCCGUCGCCGCCAGGUACCGCCAAGGCGAGGCGUGCUUUUGCCCUUGAGCGCCGCGCGGACCUCUUGGAUGUGCCCAGAAAUUGCACGCCUGGCGGACUUUCUGAGCCGAGGGAGGGAGGGAAGAUACAUUUCAUAUUGCUCUUCAGCCGACAAGGGAAAUUAAGACUUCAGAAAUGGUUUAUUACAUUGCCUGAAAAAGAGAGGAAGAAGAUCACCCGAGAAAUUGUGCAGAUUAUUUUGGCUCGGAAUCAAAAAAUGAGCAGUUUUGUUGACUGGAAAGACCUCAAGCUUGUUUACAAAAGGUACGCUAGUUUAUACUUCUGCUGUGCAAUAGAAGACCAGGAUAAUGAACUCUUGGCCCUUGAGGUUGUCCAUCGUUAUGUUGAGCUAUUGGACCGGUAUUUUGGUAAUGUAUGUGAGCUGGAUAUCAUCUUCAAUUUUGAAAAGGCCUACUUUAUUCUUGAUGAAUUUCUAAUGGGAGGGGAAAUUCAAGAAACAUCCAAAAAAAGUGCAGUGAAAGCAAUAGAAGAUGCUGACAUGUUACAAGAGACAAUGGAAGAAUAUAUGAGCAAGCCUGCCUUUUAGUUAGAAGGCUCAAAAGAUGCUGCAUCCCAGAUUAGAUACAAAAUUGGCCGUUUUAUUGGUACUGGAUGUUAUUGAAAAAAAUGGACCCCCUCCUCUACCUAGAAGCUCCAAAAGGGAUUAUAUCUAUGCAGUGCUCAAGAUGAAGGCCAGCCACAGCACCAUAUGUUUAACCAAAUAUAUGUGUGCUACACUUUAUAUAAUUUUUAAUAGCUUAUAGUAACCUUUCUUGGCUGUCCAGAUUGAAUGCUUGUUUUUUUUUUGUACGACAACUCUUAGCAAUCACACUUUUUAAUUCUAAGG